AUGGCGAAUCUCUUCACUGCUACGGCUCCUUUCCUCUCACAGCCGUUCACUAAAGCGGCAUCGUUCCAACAGUGCUACGCAUCUUCUUCCACUCCGCCGGAACAGAACCCUCCACCUCAGCCAGAGUCUUCUCCUCCUCCUCCUCCGUCUCAGUCGAUAAGCACUGCCUCGACGGAGCAGCCGGUCGCAUCGCAACAGAAGAGAAAGAAGAGCGUCGAGUCAACGGAUUGGGUCGCUUCUUCGUUGACGCGGCGGUUUGGAAUCGGAGCUGGUCUUGCCUGGGUUGGGUUUCUGGCUUUCGGCGUCGUCUCCGAGCAGAUCAAGACACGGAUUGAGGUCUCUCAGGAAGAAGCUAAUACAAGAGAUGUAGAAGAAGAGAAAGAAGUUAUCUUGCCCAACGGCAUAAGGUACUAUGAUAUACGGCUAGGAGGAGGAGCAACACCAAGACCAGGUGAUUUGGUAGUGAUUAAUCUAAAGGGGCAAGUGCAAGGAACAGGGCAAGUAUUCGUGGACACAUUUGGAAGCAAAGACAAGAAAAAGCCAUUGGCGCUUGUGGUGGGUUCAAAACCAUACAACAAAGGAUUAUGCGAAGGAGUUGAUUAUGUUCUAAGGUCGAUGAAGGCUGGAGGUAAAAGAAGAGUGAUCGUACCACCAGCUUUGGGAUUUGGAGAAGACGGUGCUGAAUUGGAGUCCGGUUUGCAGAUUCCGCCAAAUGCUUCGCUGGAGUAUAUAGUUGAGAUUGAUAGAGUCUCAAUUGCACCUGCUUGA